UACUACUACUACUACUACUACUACUCCUCCUCCUCCUCCUCCUCCUCCGACGACGGAGUACGAUUUAGUAUCGACUGGGGCGGCCGGAGCCAGUCUGAUCCCGGCCCCACGGGCUCGCACCCGCAGAAAAUUUCCCCCCCGGAUUUUCCGACCGUUCCUCUCGACUUCUCGAGUCUCACGACAUCACAAUCGAGACUAUGUUGCGGCUGGCCUGGAGAGCACGGCCGCUGCAGCCGUUGACUCUCCUUCGCUCCGCUCGGUCGGUCUCAUCCAUCGCGCCGCCGCUAAUUCGCAUCCAGAACGGCACCUUCUACGAGAACUAUCCCACCCCCGAAGAUGCCGUCCAAGGCCACAAUCCUCCCCUGUUCCCCGACUUUAACUUCACCCUGCCCUCUCGCUCGACCUCGAAGGGGGACGCCAGCCCCACCCCGCAGACCUGGGCCGUGGUGGGCUCCGCGGGGAGGACGCAGAUGCUCGAUGUCCUCCGCGGGCAAUACAUCUGCACGCCGCCCACCGCGCGCAGCUAUCCAUACCUACUGACCGACGAGAUCGCCCAGAAAGAUCCCCAGCUUCGGUUCGUUGGCAACGCCAUCCAAUACAUUGGGUUCAGUGGGGAAGGCUCUGGCGCCAUUGGAGGCACCCGCGGGGCGUACCUGAGCGCGCGAUACGAGAGUCUCCGCGAGGAAACUGACUGGUCGGUCCGCCAGUACCUCAGGGGCCAGACGUCUCUGAAUCCGCUCGAAUCGGAGCAAGAUGGGAAGAUCCAAGAUGAGCAGUUGCUGACACAGAUCAUCACCGAGCUCCGGCUGGAGGAAUUGCUCGACAUGCCGGUUGCCAACCUGAGCAAUGGUCAGACCCGACGCACCCGGAUUGCAAAGGCCCUCCUCCGCAAGCCCGAAUUGCUCCUCCUCGAUGAUCCCUUCAUGGGCCUCGACCCCGCCACCGUCCGAAGCCUCUCCAGCCUCCUCCAGCGCCUGGCCGCCAAGUCCGACCCCCGACUGGUCCUCGCCCUCCGGCCCCAGGACCCCCUUCCGGACUGGAUCACGCACAUCAUGGUCCUGGGGAACGCGAACCGGGUUCUGCUACAAGCCCCCCGCGCGGACGCGGAGAAGGUGUUCAAAGUCUGGAAGAAAUUCGGCGAUUACGAGAAGCCCUCCGCCAGGGAGGACCCAUGGGUGCACGAGACCUAUGCGCAGGCCAAGGCGUUCAUCGACGCCGGCCAUCUCGAUCGCCAGCUCAUCUGGGAUAUGCGCCUGGCGCCGCUGCAGGGUAAAGGCCGAGUCACGGUGGUCCCACCGUCCUACGCGGCCCGGGGCGGAGAGCCGCUCAUCGAGAUGGAAGGCGUCCGCGUGCAAUACGGCGAGAAAUGCGUGCUGGGAGACUGGACACAGCCGGUCAAGGGCGAGGCGAAAGACGGCCUCCACUGGAAGGUGCGGCGCGGGCAGCGCUGGGCGGUGCUGGGGGCCAACGGGUCGGGCAAGACGACGCUGCUGUCGCUCAUCACGUCGGACCACCCGCAGACAUACGCCCUCCCCAUCCGACUCUUUGGCCGCUCCCGCCUCCCCGAAGCCGGCCAGCCCGGCCUGUCCAUCUUCGAGCUGCAGUCGCGUCUCGGCCACUCCUCCCCCGAAAUCCACGCCUUCUUCCCCCGCCAGCUCACCAUCCGCCAGGCCAUCGAGUCCGCCUUCGCUGAAACCUUCCUCGCCAAACCUGCCCUCAACCACGAGCGCGACCUCGACGUCAGCGCCAUCCUACGCUUCUUCCGCGCCGAACUCGACCCCGAAGCCGCCACCCUCGCCCAGAAACCCGUCAAGGUCACCACCCCACGCGACCUGUUCCCGACCCUCGUCAAAUCUGACACCGACUUCUAUAACCCCGAUCACGGCGUCGAAUACGCCGACACCGUCCGCUUCGGCGAGCUGAGCACCGCCCAACAACGCCUCGUCCUCUUCCUCCGCGCCUUCGUCCACCGGCCCGACAUCGUCAUCCUCGACGAAGCCUUUUCAGGCAUGCCGGCCUCCGUGCGCGACAAAUGUCUCAAUUUCAUCGAACAUGGCGAGUUCGUCCUUAAGCGCGUCAUUCGAGUCCUCCCUGCGCCUCCGGACGCCCGCUUUCGCGGUCUGACCGACGACCAAGCCCUCGUGAUGAUCUCCCACGUCCGCGAGGAAAUUCCCCGCUGCGUGCGCUAUUUCAUGCGGCUCCCGUCGGAUGCCGGCGAACAGCUGGACUUUCGGUUCGGUGCCCUCAAACCCGAACAUACCCUGAGUGACCCGGCGGUCUGGGACAUGGCCUGGGCAGCGGACUUUGAGGCCCGGGCGGUGCCGGCCACAGCCGACCAGGUCCCCGAGGGGGAGCCCGUGAAGGAGGAUUUUGAGACGUAUAAGUGGUUUUCUAUCUGAUAGAGAUGUAUACACGUGUAUAUUAUACCUAGAUGUAUCUUGGUUGCAGGUCCGCCCACGCUCCUCCGGCACUGGCGGCAUGCCAACCAUGUGCCUCUGACGGCGGCGCUGCAGGCAGUGAAGCAGUGAAAGAGGGUCAACGAGCCGAAUCCCCUCAGCAACUCCAACCUACCUUCUGGGCAUUCCUCCAUCCGCGAU